AUGUUUGGACUGAAGCUGAAAAAGAAGAAGAAAGAUAAAACAGAGAAGGGAUUGAUCCUCACCAACAAGGGUGCCCAAGAUGGUCAGAGUGACUCCGAAGCGCCGCAGAACGGACCUUCUCACCAGGAAGGACCAGAAGGAGAUGCGAUUCAUGGCGACGCUUCCAUCACUCCUGGCCCCUCGGCUCCUCCAAAGAGGAGAGCAAAACUGCUGACUAAGAUCCAUGAAGGGGAGGUCAAAUCUCAAAACUAUCAAAUCACCGUCACCAUCACUGAGGCCCGCCAGCUGGUAGGCGAGAACAUCGACCCAGUUGUGACCAUUGAGAUUGGGGAUGAGAAAAAGCAAAGUACGGUGAAGGAAGGCACCAACAGCCCGUUUUAUAACGAAUACUUUGUGUUUGACUUCAUUGGACCCCAAGUGCAUCUUUUCGACAAGAUCAUCAAAAUUUCAGUCUUACAUCACAAGCUGAUAGGGAGCAUCCUGAUUGGCUCUUUCCGAGUGGAUGUGGGAACAGUAUACAACCAGCCUGGUCAUCAGUUCUGUGACAAGUGGGCACAGCUUACCGACCCUGGGGACAUCAGGACUGGCACCAAGGGCUACCUGAAGUGUGACAUCAGUGUAACCGGGAAAGGCGACGUCUUAAAGACCAACCCCAAAAUCUUCGAUGCUGACGAGCAGAUAGAGAAGAACCUUUUGAUCCCUCAAGGAUUUCCAUCAGAGAGACCCUGGGCUAGAUUCUAUGUGAGGCUCUAUCGAGCAGAAGGGUUACCCAAAAUGAACUCCAGCAUUAUGGCAAAUGUCACCAAAGCAUUUGUGGGUGACAGCAAGGACCUUGUGGAUCCCUUCGUGGAGGUGUCCUUUGCUGGGCAGACGGGGCGAACCUCGGUGCAAAAGAAUUGUGCUGACCCCGUGUGGCAUGAGCAGGUGGUCUUCAAGGAAAUGUUCCCUCCCCUGUGCCGGAGGGUUAAAAUCCAGGUGUGGGAUGAGGGCAGUAUGAACGACGUGGCCCUGGCAACCCACUUCAUCGACCUGAAGAAGAUCUCCAACGAGCAGGAUGGAGAUAAAGGCUUUCUUCCCACCUUUGGACCCGCCUGGAUUAACUUGUAUGGCUCCCCCAGGAACCAGAGUCUGAUGGAUGACUACCAGGAGUUGAAUGAGGGCUUUGGGGAAGGUGUGGCCUUCAGGGGUCGGAUCUUGGUGGAAAUUGCUGUGGAAAUUCUCUCUGGUGGGGCCCAGGAGUCUAAGUUCUCCAAGGCUCUGAAGGAGCUGAAGCUGUCUUCCAAAGACAAAGACUCCAAAUCUAAAGGCUCGAGCAAGGACAAGGCUGACAAAGCAGAUGACGGCAAAGCCCAGCAGGCUACGGACAAGACUAACUCCAUGGAGGUGGAGGUGGAAUCUUUCGCUGUGCCCCCAGAGAUUGUACCAGAAAAAUACGAGGACUUUUUACUCUUUGGAGCCUUUUUUGAAGCGACCAUGAUUGACCGGAAGAUUGGAGACAAGCCCAUCAGCUUUGAAGUUUCUGUUGGGAACUUCGGGAACCUGAUUGAUGGAGGCUCUCAUCACGGGAGCAAGAAGAAAUCGGCUGAGCUGACUGAAGAGGAUGUGCUUCCUCUGUUGCAUGAAGGAGAAAAAGAUGUGCCCCACGACUCUGCCAUUUCCAUGGCCUCCACCACACACCCAGAGAAGCCUCUGGUGACAGAAGGGAACAGAAAUUACAACUAUUUGCCUUUUGGUGCCAAGAAGCCCUGUGUCUCCUUCAUCAGUUCCUGGGGAGACCAGACAUUCAGACUGCACUGGUCCAACAUGCUGGGGAAAAUGGCUGAGCUCUUGGAAGAAGGAAUAGAAAAAGUGAAGGAACUGGUCAAGGUCUCAGAGGAGGCACCGGAAGAGAAGAUGAAGACCGUGUUCUGUGACUUCAUCAGUCAAAGCAGGGCCUAUAUCUCUGAAGCAGAAAAGAAACCGAAGAUGUUGAACCAAACUGCGUUAGAUAAGAAACGGCUCACGCUCUGCUGGCAAGAGCUGGGUGCAAUGCUCAAGGAGGCCGAAGGGGUCAUUCAGCAACAGAAGAAAAAGUUAUCUCUUGCGGAGAUGAUCAGUGAAGCCCAGGGCUUUGUGGAGAAGAUUCGAUUUCUAGUGGAUGAGCCACAGCAUACUAUCCCGGAUGUCUUCAUUUGGAUGCUCAGUAACAACAAGAGAGUAGCAUACACCCGCGUUGCUGCCAAAGACCUGCUCUACUCCCCAGUCAGAGAGCAGAUGGGCAAGCAUUGUGGGAAGAUCAAAACCCACUUUCUCAAGCUUCCUGGGAAACGACCGGCUGGCUGGACUGUCCAGGCAAAAGUUGACAUAUAUCUGUGGCUGGGUUCCACCAGAUACUCCAAUGCCAUUUUGGACAAUUUGCCAGCGGGCUAUGAAGCAGAAAUGCCCUCCAAAACAUCUGGCACCCAUCACCCUCCAUCAGCCCUGCUAUACCAAGCCCAGCAUGUCUUCCAGUUGAGAGCACACAUGUACCAAGCCCGGGGCCUCAUCGCAGCUGACAGCAAUGGACUCUCAGAUCCCUUUGCUAAAGUCACAUUCCUGUCACAGUGCCAGACCACAAAGGUCAUUUCCCAGACCCUCUCUCCUACCUGGAACCAGAUGCUGCUCUUCAAUGAGUUGGUUUUACAUGGUGAGGAGAGGGAGCUGGCGGAGUCCCCGCCCCUAGUGGUGGUGGAACUCUAUGACAGUGAUGCGGUGGGGAAGCCAGAAUAUUUGGGUGCCACGGUGGCUGCUCCAGUUGUGACACUGGCUGACCAGGACUAUGAACCCCCCAAGCUGUGUUAUCACCCCAUCUUCUGUGGGAACCUCUCCGGAGGGGAUCUUCUUGCUGUGUUUGAGCUGUUUCAGGUCCCUUCUUCUGGACUACAGGGUCUCCCUCCCAUUGGCCCACCAGACAUCACACAGAUCUAUCCUGUUCCCGCCAACAUCCGUCCAGUGCUGAGUAAAUACCGGGUCGAGGUCCUCUUCUGGGGUGUCCGAGAAAUGAAGAAGGUACAGCUUCUCUCGGUGGACCGGCCACAGGUUCUCAUUGAAUGUGGGGGACGAGGCGUGAAGUCUUGCGUGAUCCAGAGUUACAAGAACAACCCCAAUUUCAGCGUGCAGGCAGAGGCCUUUGAUGUGGAGCUGCCUGAGAAUGAGCUCCUGCACCCACCUCUGAGCAUCUGUGUGGUGGACUGGAGAGCCUUCGGGAGAAGCACUCUUGUGGGCACCUACACCAUCAACUGCUUGAAGCAGUUUCUGUGUAAAUCCAGAGAGCCCCUUGCCCUGACCUCACAGACAGAUGGAGCCUGGGCCAGACCAGCCUUUUCAGAUUCACUAGCAGCAAUUGAGUCUUCUGGAUCCUCCCAGGAUCCCCCAACAGAUCACAUCUAUGUGGAUGUUGAGCCACCACCUACAGUGGUGCCGGACUCUGCCCAGGCUCAGACAACCACCCUAGUCGACAUCCCUGACUCCUCUCCGAUGCUGGAGCCCGAGCACAAACCUGUAUCCCAGGAACUACCGAAAGAUGAAAAAGUCAAGCAAGAUCCCAGGAAGCCUUCCCGGAGAUCCACCAAAAGGAGAAAAAGGACCAUAGCAGAUGAAUCAGCUGAGAAUGUCAUCGAUUGGUGGUCUAAGUAUGACGCCUCCCUAAAGAAAGCACAGAAGGAAAAGGAGAACAACCUCAAGGAGAAAGGGGCCACAGAAGCCAAGCCAGGCGAGGUGGUGUUGGAUAUAGAUGAUGUCCCCAAAAAGAAGAAAGACAAAGUGCUCAAGAAGAAGCUGAAAGAUGAUGGAAAUGAUGGGAUCCCAAAUCUGGCUGUCUUGAAGAUAUACGAUGGCGAUCUUGAGAGCGAGUAUAAUAAUUUUGAAGACUGGGUGAAGACCUUUGAACUCUUCAGAGGCAAAUCCACAGAAGAUGAUCACGGCCUAGAUGGAGACCGAGUCAUAGGAAAGUUCAAGGGCUCCUUCUGCAUCUACAAAAGCACAGAGGAUUCUACCUCAGAGGACAGUGGGCAGCUGAGAAUCCAGCAGGGAAUUCCACCCAAUCACCCCAUUCAAGUGCUGAUCCGGGUGUACAUUGUCGCGGCAUUUAAUCUCAGCCCAGCAGAUCCAGACGGCAAAUCAGACCCCUACAUUGUCCUCAGACUUGGCAAAACAGAAAUCAAAGACCGGGACAAAUACAUCCCCAAACAACUGAAUCCAGUGUUUGGAAGGUCAUUUGAAAUCCAAGCCACUUUCCCAAAUGAGUCCCUGCUCUCCGUCCUGAUCUAUGACCAUGACAUGAUUGGGUCAGACGACCUCAUUGGGGAGACCAAGAUCGACUUGGAGAACCGUUUCUACAGCAAACACAGAGCCAUCUGCGGUCUGCAGAGCCAGUAUGAAAUAGAAGGGUACAAUGCCUGGAGGGACACGUCUAAACCCACAGAGAUCCUAACCAAGCUCUGCAAAGACAACAAGCUGGACGGGCCGCACUUUCGUCCUGGGAAGAUACAGAUCGGCAAUCAGGUCUUUUCCGGGAAAACAGCCUUCGCAGAGGAAGACUCUGAGGAGAUAGUGGAGUCUUAUGAACACUUGGCCCUCAAGGUGUUGCACUCUUGGGAGGACAUCCCUGAGGUCGGGUGUAAACUGGUUCCCGAGCACAUAGAAACACGGCCGCUGUACCACAAGGAUAAGCCGGGACUGGAGCAGGGCCGUCUACAGAUGUGGGUAGACAUAUUUCCCAAAGAUACACCUCAGCUUGGACCUCCUGUUGACAUUUCACCAAGGAAACCCAAAGGAUAUGAGCUGAGGGUGACCAUCUGGAAUACUGAAGAUGUCAUCUUAGAAGACGAGAAUAUCUUCACGGGUCAAAAGUCAAGUGAUAUUUAUGUCAAAGGGUGGAUCAAGGGUUUGGAGGACGACAAGCAGGAGACGGAUGUGCACUACAAUUCCCUGACUGGAGAAGGGAACUUCAACUGGCGUUUCCUGUUUCCGUUCCAGUAUCUUCCAGCUGAAAAGCAGAUGGUCAUCACCAAGCGGGAGAACAUCUUCUCCCUGGAGAAGAUGGAGUGUAAGACUCCGGCCGUGCUGGUGCUGCAGGUCUGGGAUUUUGAAAGACUCUCCUCAGAUGACUUCCUGGGCUCCCUGGAGAUGAAUCUCAACAGCUUCCCUCGGGCAGCCAAAUCUGCAAAAGCCUGCGAUCUGUCCAAGUUUGAAAACGCAAGCGAGGAGAACAAGAUCUCCAUAUUCCAACAAAAGCGCGUACGCGGCUGGUGGCCUUUUGCCAAAAGCAAAGAGCUCACGGGCAAGGUUGAAGCUGAGUUCCACUUGGUCACAGCAGAAGAAGCUGAAAAAAACCCUGUUGGAAAAGCCCGGAAGGAGCCUGAGCCCCUGGCCAAGCCUAACCGCCCAGACACCUCCUUCUCGUGGUUCGUGAGCCCCUUCAAGUGCCUGUACCACCUCAUCUGGCGGAACUACAAGAAGUACAUCAUCAUCGCCUUCAUUCUGCUCAUCCUCAUCGUCUUCCUGGUCCUCUUCAUCUACACCCUGCCAGGAGCCAUCAGCCGGAGGAUCGUCGUGGGAGGCUCGUAG